AUGCAUCUUGCGGUUAUUUUUCGCGUUAUCGGUACGCUCCUGACGUUUUUCAGUUUCACCUUUCUAAUCCCGGGCCUGUUGGGUCUGGCCUAUGGUGAGAACACGACCACUACUUUCGGUUUAGCGUUCAUCAUCACCCUCGUGGUUGGUCUGGCUUUGUGGCUGCCCCUACGCGGCAACCGUGAAUUGCGCGGCGGCGAUGGCUUUCUGAUCACCGCUUUGUUCUAUAUCGGCCUGGGUCUGUUUGGCGCAAUCCCUCUAUAUUUUGCCGACUCCACCAACUUGAGCUUCACAGACGCUGCGUUCGAGUCCAUGUCUGGUUUAACCACAACCGGCGCAACGGUGAUCACCGGCCUUGAUGAAUUGCCCAAGUCCCUGCUCAUUUAUCGACAGUUACUGCAGUGGCUGGGUGGCAUGGGCAUCAUUGUUCUGGCGGUCGCCAUAUUCCCGAUGUUGGGCAUCGGUGGCAUGCAGUUGUAUCGAACUGAAUCACCAGGACCGCUGAAAGAUAACAAACUGACGCCACGCAUCACCGAAACCGCAAAAGCGUUGUGGUACAUCUAUCUGAGCCUGACCAUCGCCUGUGGCUUGGCUUAUUGGGCCGCUGGCAUGACGCCGUUUGAUGCCAUCAGCCACAGCUUUUCCACGGUGGCUAUUGGCGGCUUCUCAACCCACGAUGCCAGCAUGGGCUACUUCGCGAGCCCAUUAAUCGAAUCUGUGGCAAUUGUUUUCAUGCUGCUCUCAGGCAUCAACUUCGGUCUGCACUUCCUCGUAUGGCGCAGGCGCAACCCAUUACACUAUUUUCAGGACGCAGAAGUAAAAACCUACCUGGCCGUGCUGGCCACCGUCGCCGCUAUUGUCAUCUGGGUGUUGUACAGACAUCCGUUGCCCGGUGUCUCGCCGAUCCGUGACGGAUUGUUUCAAACCAUCUCUGUUGCAACCACUACCGGUUUCACUACCCAGAACUUCAGUUUGUGGCCUUCAGUCACCCCCAUACUUUUAUUGUUAGCCGCAUUUGCAGGCGGUUGCGCUGGAUCGACUGCUGGUGGCAUCAAGAUGAUUAGGGUGCUGAUGAUUUAUCUGCAGGGCAUGCGCGAAGUUAAGCGCCUGAUUCAUCCCAACGGCGUCUUCCCAAUCAAACUCAACAAUGCGCCGGUUUCAGAUCGCCUGAUACAAGCGGUCUGGAGUUUUUUCAGCGUUUAUGUGAUCGUCUUUCUGCUGAUGGUCACCGCUGUUAUGUUGAUUGGCGACCUCGAUUUUGUCACUGCUUUUUCUGCCGUUGGGGCAAGCUUGAAUAAUCUUGGCCCGGGUCUGGGCGACGUUGCGCUGAAUUACGCAAGUCUACCGGCAUCCGUUAAGUGGCUACUGAUGUUUACCAUGAUGCUGGGGCGGCUGGAAAUAUUUACCUUGCUGGUUCUGCUGACACCCGCCUACUGGCGCCGAUAA